AUGCCUGUUACGACUACUACUACUACCACUACUAAGUCGAGAGGCGGCAACGGGCCCACGACGCGGGGGGAUUCCGAAACGGACUACGACGUCUUGUCGAGAAGCAUGGGGUUUGGGCGCCGUUCGCACGCCGCGGCCGCCGCAGGGUCGGGCAGCGAGGGCCGUGAAGAGGUGGACGGCGAUGCGCUGGGCCAGCUGUCGCGGUCGCUGCCCACGUCGGGGCCGGUGCUGGAGCCGGAGCCGUGUGAUGUCGUUGCCGUUUUGCGGCCGGUCGCGUCGGGCCAGUCUGGGCGGGACAGCAGCGAGGGAGAUCAAAGCACGCUGGGUGGUGGUGGUGGUUUUGAUAUAGACGAGGAGGAUCACGAUGAGAUGGACCGUGAAGAACGGCAUACCGAGACGUCGCCGCUUCUGCCGCCCAGGGACAGCUCCCUCUCUCCGGAGCCGACACUCAGCAAGAACCACGUAAACGGCCACGAUAACGACACCACCAACGACAGUGACGAAGGUCCGCCACCGCCAUACCUCAACGGCGUCUCACCCGGCCGCUUCUGGUUCAUCUUCUCGCAGCUGCUCCUCUCGCAAUUCAUCGGCUGCUUCGACGGCACCAUCAUGGCGUCGUCGCACCCCGUCAUCACGUCCUACUUCGGGGCCGCCAACUCGGCGUCGUGGCUGUCGACGGCCUUUCUGCUCACCUCGACGGCCUUCCAGCCGCUGCUGGGCCGCCUGUCCGACGCCGUGGGCCGCAAGCCGCUCUUCCUCGGGUGCAACGCCGUGUUUGCACUGGCGACGGCGUGGUGUGCGGCGGCGGGCAGCAUCGAGAGCUUUAUCGUGGGGAGGGCGCUGUGUGGGUUGGGGGCUGGGGGGGCGAUGACAUUGGGGAGUAUCAUCACGAGUGAUUUGGUGCCGAUAGAGUUGUACAGACGCCGCGGCGCGUACCAGUCCUUCAUCAACGUCACCUUCGGCGUCGGCUCCGCGCUGGGCUCCGCGCUCGGCGGCGCCAUGGCCGAGGCGCUCGGCUGGCGGUGGGAGUUUGGCGUGCAGAUCCCGCCGCUGCUCCUCUGCAUCGGCGUCUCGGCCGUGGCGAUCCCGGCGGACCUGGGCGUCGUCGAGUGCGGGCGCGAGCGCAAGGGCGUGUGGGCGGCGCUGCGCGAGUUUGACGCCCGCGGGUCGCUGCUCCUGACGGGGGCGAUAUCGUUUCUCAUCUUGGGCCUGGUGAGUGCCGUUGGAACCCUUGCCUCUGGGAAGAUGGAAGGACGGCUGUAUGAGCAUCUCGGAGCCGUCUCUCGUGCCUCUAUCGCUCUAUUCUUGUCCCUGAAGUUCGUACCAUGGAUGUAG